UUUGAGGAGGACAUAAAUCACUUGAGGAGCAUCGGAGAUCACCAACAUCCAAAACUUGAGGAUCAUCGGGAGAUCACCAACAUCCAAAACAUUUACCAAGAAUAAAAAUGAAGACAGUUGCCGUUGUCCUGUUAAUUUUCUGCUUUGGCCUUUCUACAGUUGAAAACACAAAAUGCUAUGAGUGCCGUCAAUCUAAUGCUCAAUCGUGCGAGGGUAAAGAAGUUGAUUGCCCAAAAGGCAGCUCUUGUAUGACUAUCUCUACAAAGACUGGACUCAAUCACACCUACUACGCCAUUCAGAAACGCUGCUCUAUGAAUAUGAAAUGCAAUCAUAGCAUGUAUGCCUAUGCUAGUGGCGACGUUUACUUUGACCUGUCAAUUGAUUGCUGUGAGGGAGAUCUUUGCAACAGUGGCGGUGUUAUUAUUAAAAAUACAACCUAUGACUACAAUGGGCCUGAAUGUCCAGUUUGCUCUUCAGUCGAUUCCUUGGACAUUUGUGAGGCUGUUAGCACUACAGUCUGCAGAAACAAGACUGACUAUUGUAACUAUUUCACUGGACAUCUCGAAAGACCAGAUGGUGUUAAAACCCAAUUUACUGCACGGGGAUGCAUGUCGGAAACGAGUUGUUCGUACGACUUCAGCCAAAUAGUUGGAUUAAAAGUGUCUGACGUUAAAGCAGGCUGCAAAGGUUACAAACACAAUCCUAAGCCCAAUCCAGAGCCAGAAAAUUGACAUCAAUUCACAUUGAAAGAAAGGUGGAACCCCAAUCAGCUAGGGGAACAAUUAAAAAUAUAUGUAUAUGUUGUGUUUUACCACACACUACCUUCUGCUCUUCUUCUUCUUCUUCUUCUUCAUUUAUUCACUUCCAUGUUGACCUUGUAUAAACGCCACUACAGUAGCGCACAGCUGUGAUGACAGUUUGUUUUCUAAUUUAUUACAUCCUAUUAUCUUACAAAAUGCUGGCACCUCCUUUUUUAACCCCUUAAAUCAGGCCGCUGUGCGCAUUUAUGUAGAAACACAACGCAGCAUUUAUAUGGCAACACAACCACCUUCACCAAUAGCAUUUGGCCACUGUUUAUGGACAGGAGCCGCAGAUUGGCUCCCGAUUAACAACAAUCACAAUAAUCAUGACUGGAAAUAUUGCUUCUGCCACCAGAAAGUAAGAAACUAGCCAGCUGGAAGAGUUAAAGAUAAUGUGUGGUAAAUAAUGGAUUAUGGAACAUUAUAGCCUAAUUGAACCUUCAAUUUAAAUUAGCUGCUGGUGCACUUUAGGCCUUUGAUGAUUAUUAUUUGUUGAUUAUAUAUGUAGGAAAAGCUUUGCUAUAUGCUUUCAACUGCUCAAAAAGUGCACCUUCUUGUAACUGCCAAGGCUUUGUACCUGGACACUAUCCAGAGCUGUAAGCUUUUGCAUUAAAAAUGCUUUAAUCUGCAACCAAA